AUGUUUGCAGCAUGGCGUAACGUUGACAUUGUAAUGAUCAACACAUCAGCAUUUAUUAUUUUAAUUGCAUGUAUUACUAGUACUAUAUGUACGGAAGGUUUUUUUAAUGGUGAUUGUGUGGAACCAUGCAUUAGUGAAAUGCAACUUAUCAUGGAAAGUACGCCAUUCAGUCGAAGUGACCAUCAGGGACAGCUUUCUUGGACACAACUUUUACAAGCGUCAAAAAAUCGUCGAGUGACUGAAAAUUCAUUUCAUAGUAUUUGCGAAGCUUAUAAACGAGUAGAUAAAUGCUUGGAGGAAUGUGAGAAAAAAUCCCAACACAAUGCCAGUAUUCGACGGACAUAUGCCGGCUUACACUUCAUUUGUGUUGAACAAAAGGAAGAGUUCUUCAACAAUUUACCAUGUCUUACUCAGUAUGAACCAGUGGCAAUGUCAAGAUGUCAACAUGAAAUUAAUCAGUCGUUAGUGGGCAGCAAUUCAUUCAGCGCAGCUGUUAUUAAUCGUGAACAGCACAAUAUUCAGAAUAGACUGGGAACGCUCUGCAGAGACUUGGCGGAUAUGAUCAAAUGUAUCGGACCAGUCACGCGGAGUGGCUGUGGAGAAGCUGCAGCUAAAAUGAUGUUCAAAUUCAUCACCGUUGGCUUUACAAGCUUUGAACAACUGUACAGUCAUCUCGGUAUAACUGACCAGCUGCCUCAUUCCUGUCGGCAAUUGCUUAACCUAACCACUGAAAGUCGAAUUAAUAAUGGAAGAUGGUUGGUUUUUUCGUCUUCACAAUCGCACAAUUCUUAUCCGGAAAACCUCAUGAAUUCGGAUGACGUUUCUCAAGCAAUUCCGAGCAUAACCUUUUCAUUGCUCAGUAUUUCAUUUUGCUAUAGCAAAAUUCUUCCCUAA